AUGACUUCCAUUGGCUUUGCCGAGCCCACCCUUCUCGAACUUGUUCCAACUCUCGUCGGCGAGUCCAACUUUUCUACGUGGACGACUUCAUUGAAGUGGACCCUUGACUCACGCGACCUUCGAUAUUACGAACUUCUCACGGGUGUAUGGAGCGAACCCAGUCCAGCCGACCCCACACAGCCUACUCCCAGCGAAGUCGAGGCUCGUACCCAGUGGGAUACCGCCAGUCGCUACCUUCUUCCGCUGCUGAACGCGACGGUCCACCACACGGUCAAGUACUACAUUCUCGACGCCAAUAAUGCACGUAAUGCAUACGCCAAUCUCCACCGCGCCUUUGCAGCCCGGUCAUACGAAGCUGGCUUCACGAAUUUCCUCAAGUUUAUCAACACCACAUACACUUCAAACAAGCCUCAGGCUUUUGUUAACGAGUGGCGCAUUGCCCUUGGCGAGCUCCAAGAGUGUAACUCGACCAAACUGACACCUCUUCUCAUCUUUUACCAUUUCCUGAAUGCCGUCAGCGCCAAUCCGGCCGCACACUCGUGGCUCGACGGCUUUCUCCAUUCAAAGGUCUCCACCGAUACGACCAUCGAAUCAACCUUCUCGGACUUUGUCGUUUCCGAGGAUCGUCGCCUCAACGCUCUCAAUCAAGCUCACUCCUUUAGCCUGACUAAACUUCCAAAUCAUCUGCCUUUCUUUUGUCAUUUCCACAAUCGUCAAGCCGGUCAUUCUUCUGAGAACUGCUUCCGGAACCCGGCUAACCAAGCCCAAAACCCCUUCGAUAAACCGGCUGCGGCUCCCGCUCAGCGUACAGUCACUGAGGAGUCCCCUCCUGCAUAG